GAUAAUGCAGGAAUUCGCGUGUAUAGAGACAACGAUGAGCUCCGAGUUGGUGACGAGAUUGGUCCGGAGCUUCUUUGCAGUAUCACGCAGUCUAAGAUUUCAAUCCCGAUUAUAUCUGAGGAUUACGCUUCCAGCAAAUGGUGCCUUCAAGAGCUGGCUCAGAUGUUGAAGUGCAGGAGAAGUGGAGAGCAAGUAGUGUUGCCCAUAUUUUACAAAGUGGAACCCUCACAAGUCCGACAUCUCAAGGGGAGAUUUGGAGAUGCCAUCAAUGCACAUAAAAAAAAUUCGGGUCAAAUGGUUGUGAAGGAAUGGGAAGAAGCGCUCAACGAAGUCAGUUCUUUAAAAGGAUGGGAAUCGGAGAAAAUAGAUGAUGGGCAUGAAGCAGCAUUAGUGAAAAGAGUCGUCAUAAAAGUUAUGAGCGAGUUAAAAAGACUUUUCCACCUAAGUGUUCCUGAGCAGUUGGUGGGAACCGAUGAUAGUGUGGAACAAAUCAUGAGCAAGAUAGAUGCUAAUUUCAAUGGUAUGUGGAUCAUUGGAAUUCAUGGAAUGGGCGGUAUCGGUAAGACAACUCUUGCAAAGGUGUUAUACAACAAGAUCGGAGGUGUCUAA